CUACCGUUAUGAAGGGCCAAGAGUAAAUGACGAUCUUGCAAAAUCUGAGGCUAAGGUGUUUGUGAAUGCACUAAAAGAUAUUAAGAAGAAUCUCAUUGAGAAUGAAGAAAUCGUGUGGAUCCUUUCACACAGAAGCAAGCUCCAUCUUAAGGCCCUCUAUAGCCACUAUAAGGAAAUGACUGGCAAAUACCUGGACGAGGAUCUUGAUGGUUACUUGAUCUUGAAACAAGUAGUUCAAUGCCUAUGUUCACCUCAAACAUACUUCAGCAAGAUCUUGAUCGAGUCCUUAAGAUUGGAUGUGGAUGAAUCUGUUAAAGACUCAGUCACCCGAGUCAUCGUUACAAGAGCAGACGAUGAUAUGAAACAAAUCAAAGAAGAAUUCCACAGCAAAUAUGGAACUACCUUGCCUGCAAAGAUUGAAGAAGUUGCCAAUGGAAGUUACAAGAAUUUCUUGCUUACUAUAGUUGCAAAGUCUGAGUAAUUUGGGCCAGAUUUUGGCAUAUCCAGAUUCUCUAUAGUGCAUGGUUCCAUGUUCUCAAAUACUUGUUGAGUUGUUUCCCUUUUGCUAUAAUUUCUUUUGAAGUCCUUUGCUCAAUAUAUGUAUGAUUUCAAUGUUUCCAUGUAAAAUGGAUAAUUUCAACAUAAUAGUUGUCACUUGUCAGCUUCCUGAUUAUUCAACUUA